AUGCGUAAGUUAAAGUCAAGUUUUGGGAAACUGUUGCAAAUGCAGAGGUUGGCGCGAAAGUCCAAUACUAACGAAAAGACGGAACAGGAAUUGUCAGGAAUUGUGAAAAAAAUUCAGAGCAAAAUGGGGGAUUUGGGAUUAUUUGAAGCUAUCAAGCGUAUGGACCUCAAAGCUGUUGAAUGGUUCAUUAAUAAUGGAGCAAAUGUAAAUAGUAAUAGAACUAACGUAACAUCAUUAUUUUUUGCUCUUGAAGAAUCCGGUGAUAGUCGAAUAGUUAAAUGCUUAAUAAACCACGGUGCAAAUGUCAAUAAAGUUGCUGGUUAUAGUAAAACAACACCACUACAUCUUGCAGUUGAAAAAUGGACUGAUAUUUCAAUAAUUGAAUGUUUAGUAAACCAUGGUGCAAAUGUCAAUGCGGUUGAUUAUAAUAAAGAAACACCAUUACAUUAUGCUAUUAAUAAUAAAAAAAGUAAAGAAAUUAUCGAAUAUUUAGUAAACCACGGUGCAAAUGUCAAUGAAGUUGCUGGUUGUUAUAGUGAAACAACACCACUACAUCUUGCAGUCGAAAAAUGGACUGAUAUUUCAAUAAUUGAAUGUUUAGUAAACCAUGGUGCAAAUGUCAAUGCGGUUGAUUAUAAUAAAGAAACACCAUUACAUUAUGCUAUUAAUAAUAAAAAAAGUAAAGAAAUUAUCGAAUAUUUAGUAAACCACGGUGCAAAUGUCAAUGAAGUUGCUGGUUGUUAUAGUGAAACAACACCACUACAUCUUGCAGUCGAAAAAUGGACUGAUAUUUCAAUAAUUGAAUGUUUAGUAAACCAUGGUGCAAAUGUCAAUGCAGCUGAUAAAAGCAAGCAAACAGUUUUGCAUUAUGCGGCAGAGAGAAAUUUGAGUGUGAUUGAGUUUUUAAUUUCUCAUAGAUCUAAUGUUAAUGCAAUUGAUUCUUGUAAAAGAGCACCAUUACAUUCAGUACUCAGUAAUCAUUUAAAUUGCUGUGAAGCAGUUAAACAUUUAAUUGAUAAUGGUGCAGAUGUUAAUGAAGUUGAUUCUGAGGGGACAGUGUUACAUUAUGCUUUGAAACGACGCAAUCUCAGUGCAGUUAAACUAUUGAUUAAUCAUAAAGUGAAUGUUGAUGUAGUUAAUUCUGUGGGUCAAACUCUAUUGCAUUUAGCUGCUAUCUGGAAUUCCAAAGAUGAAAAAAUAUAUGAGCAUUUAGUUGAGCACGGUGCGAACGUUAAUGCAGUGGAUAAGUUGAAGAAAACACCCUUGCACUAUGCUACUAAACAUUGGAAUAACCCUGAGAUUGUUAAGUACUUGAUCGAGCAUGGAGCUAAUGUCAAUGUAGUGGAUAACAUUGGGUUUACACCAUUGUGGCAGGCAGUCUAUAGUGGAAGAAGAUUCUUCAAGCCUGUUAAAUAUCUAGUUGAAGGCGGAUCAGACAUAAAUUACAAGAAUGAAGGAGGUCAAACACCGUUGCAUUUGGUUGCUAGCGGAAAAGGCUGGUUCGAAAUGAUGAGAUUUUUAGUUCCUCGUGGAGCAGAUGUCCACGCAGUUGACAAUAAUGAUUGGACACCUUUACAUAGGGCUGCUCAUGAUUCAAAAGAUGUUAGAAUAAUUGAAUAUUUAAUAAACCGCGGUGCAAAUGUCAAUGCAGUUAAUAAAGAUAAUAACACACCAUUACACCUGGCUGUUGAAAAAUGUCCUGUUUUGCAUGACGUAGUAAAUUAUUUAAUCGACCGUGGAGCUGAUCUGAAUGCUAUUAAUAAUGAAAAGGAAACACCACUGCAUGUAGCUGCGCAUCGUUCCGGCAAAGAAGCGAUUGAAUUAUUGGUGAAUCGUGGUGCUAAUAUCAAUGCCAGAAACGGUAUUUGUAAACCUUUGUUGAUUUCGCUUAUCGAAAAGUGUAAAAACUUCAAAGAGAUUGAUUGUUUAAUUCAGCUUGGGGCAAAUGUUAAUGCUGUUGAUCAUCAAAAUAAAACACCCUUGCACUAUGCUAGUGCUAAGUCCUACAAAACUGAGUUAAUGAAAAAAUUGAUCCAGCGUGGAGCUAAUGUCAAUUUAACUGACAAUGAUAAGAAAACACCUCUACACAAUGCAAUUGAAAAGGCUUCCGGUAAUGACAACGCAAUUUAUUUGAUUGAACACGGAGCUGACAUCCAUGCUGUUGAUCAUCAAAGUAGAACACCUUUGCACUAUGCUUGUGCUAAGUCCUACAAUACUGAGUUAAUGAAAAAAUUGAUCCAGCGUGGAGCUAAUGUCAAUUUAACUGACAAUGAUAAGAAAACACCUCUACACAAUGCAAUUGAAAAGGCUUCCUGUAAUGACAACGCAAUUUAUUUGAUUGAACACGGAGCUGACAUCCAUGCUGUUGAUCAUCAAAGUAGAACACCUUUGCACUAUGCUUGUGCUAAAUCUGAUUGUACUUACUUAAUUGAAAAAUUAAUCAAGCGUAGAGCAAAUGUCGAUUCAACUGACAGUGAUAAGAAAACACCUCUACACAUAGCAAUUGAAAAUGGUUCCCGUGGUUACGACCACGCCAAUUAUUUGAUUGAACACGGAGCUGACAUCCAUGCUGUUGAUCAUCAAAAUAAAACACCUUUGCACUAUGCUUGUGCUAAAUCUGAUUGUACUUACUUAAUUGAAAAAUUAAUCAAGCGUAGAGCAAAUGUCGAUUCAACUGACAGUGAUAAGAAAACACCUCUACACAUAGCAAUUGAAAAUGGUUCCUGUGGUUACGACUACGCCAAUUAUUUGAUUGAACACGGAGCUAACAUUCAUGCUGUUGAUCAUCGAAAUCAAACACCUUUGCACUAUGCUAGUGCUAAAUCCAAUAGUGUUAUUUUAAUUAAAAAGUUGAUCGAGUAUAGAGCUGAUAUCAAUUCACCUGACAGUGAUAAGAAAACACCUCUACACAUAGCAAUUGAAAAUGCUUCCGAAGAUUACAACAACGCCGAAUAUUUGAUUGAACACGGAGCUAACAUUCAUGCUGUUGAUCAUCGAAAUCAAACACCUUUGCACUAUGCUAGUGCUAACUCCAAUAGCACUGAGUUAAUUAAGAAGUUGAUCGAGCGUGAAGCUAAUGUCAAUUCACGUGGCAAUGAUAAAAAAAACAUUUUUACACAAAGCAAUUGA